AUGAGUUUUAUUGAUACUUUGCUUUCUUCCAGUCGUUUAUUACAAAGAAGAGUCAAACUUAAUACUUGUUCUGGGUUGGAACGUCAUUUACAAGACGAGUUGAAUGCCCUAUCGUUAAAAUUUGACUUGGUGUCAAGGGAUAAGUCAAAUGUUGACAUUUUAGCAAGUUUGGAUACCAUUUGGUCGAUCAUCCAGAACAGUCGAAUAUGCAGGCAACUUUCAAUUCACGUUUGUUAUCCAUUUCAGGCAGAAACGACGAAGCAGUUUGUGAACAACUUAAAUUCUGCGGAUUGGGCCUCCUUCAUCCCGUUUUCUAAUAAACUCCCAGCACCAUCUGUAAAGGUCACAUCGCACAAUUCAAAGCUUUAUCACACCGGGAUGAUUCAAAAUAUUCUUGAAGGGGUCAUCAACUCUCAUUGCUACAGGUAUAAGAAGGUGCAGGGGGACGAGUUGCCGGAAUUCAUGAAGAACAGGGGAUAUGUUCCAAUAUGCCCCAAGAUUACAGUAGAUAUAAAUAACGACAGCUGUCAGGUUCUGGCUGACGCUUCUGGAGAUCUGAGUGAACGGCCUUGGCAUAAAUUAUCACUAGUUGAGGAUAGGAUAGUGCCGAGCGCAUCUGCAGCUGUCAUUCAGGAACUCGCUUCACGAAAUGUUUUUAACAGGCACGUGCUCACUAAAUAUUUAAUAAAUGAAAAAAUGAGGAUCGACUCUUCGAAAUAUCCCCUCACCAAUUGCGCCAAUGAAGUCCUGAAGAAGCUUAAGGCCAUUGAAGAAGAGAGUGCUAAAUUGUUAGUUGAUGUCGACAACACUCAUGUCAAAAAUGAUAGAUCCGACCUGCUGACUCUAAAGUUUGAAUGUAAAAGAGUAAACGAAUUCCCAGUUAAUAUAAAGGACGCUGUAAUCUUAACAAACUUGUACUAUGGAAACAAACAAAUGAAAUCUCUAUACUCUAUGUACUAUAAGGAUUUUUCCAAAUUUGUUAAGUCAGUUAGGUCAAGGUGUAAUUCCAUAUACGCUAUUGCCCCUAAGUCAUUCAAGAGACUAUCUGGCCUCAAUUGUGAAGCAUUAUUGGUAUUCAACAACAAUGGCAUAAUUGUCGAAUUAAUGAAGAUAUCAUAA